CGGUGCGAGCUGUCCUCUGUGUGUAUGUGUGUGUGUGCGCGUGUGCGUGCGUGUGCGCGUGUGCGCGUGUGCGUGCAACUGUGCAAGCUCAUUUAAGGAAAACAAUUCUUUGGCUUGUGGUGUGGCAUCUGAAUACUGUUACAAAGCACGGGAGAAUAACUUGGUCUUUUUAUUACAGAGACUGCAAGAAGAUUCCCAUCUGGUAUGCUUCAAAUUCCAAGGAAGGCAGUAGUUUCUGUUCGAAACCAUGUUUAACCAAAACAGUUUCUCUGGUAUCUUGCUUUACUGGUUCUCUUGCAGUGUGUGUAUGUGGUAGGAUCGUUUCCCGCUGCCACCUGAAUGAGUUCCUCUGAGAUCCUUCCUAUCAGCCUCAUAUGGAAUCCUUUGUGAACUCAAUCCCUGGUUUGUUUGCAACUGGCUUGCUGAUUGCUGGCACUCAGUCUUAGACAGCAAAUUAUUUCCAUGCUGCUGUAUGGAUGAAAGCAGAAAAGCUCUGUGUCUUCUUUGUAGUUCUGAGAUGUAGAACAGUCAGGCAACAGAGAUUAGAAAUCUUUUAGUUCUGUGGAAUUUGUCCAUUGACGAAACAUUGUAAAGGCAAAGAAUUCUGAGAAGAGGCCUUGGAGGAAAUACGGAGAGACUUUCAGGUAGUGAAUCUGAUCUGAUGUGUAUGAACUAGAUCUGAGAAACUGCUCAUUUACUUCAGGGCCUGGUGAUAUGAAGGUCCCUAUGCACGGUGAGAGUACUGUGAGCUCUAGGUAAACUCAUAGUCUAAACAAUUAUAAAUGGUAAAUAGCAAGAGAGAGGGCAGAAGUGCAAAAGCAGCAACUUGUGGGGGUCAUGUUGUGGAUAGUGGCAGGGAUGUGAACAGGACUAAAAUCUCUUGUCGUUAUUUGCUGCCUUAUAAAAGGGUCUGUUUUGCCUUUAUGUUUUGUGUUAGUUUCUUUUUUGAGGAGAAUCUCUUACUGUGCAUGCCAACAAUGCUUGAAACCGGUUUUGUUUAUGAAAAACUGUCUUAUUUUUUUGGAAGGGAAAUGUGAGCCUCUGCAAAGUGCGUUUUCCUUCAAAGCUUUAUCCUGGGUGAAGGAUCUCAGGAUCAAAAGCUGUGCCUCGACCACUUCUGCUGUUAGUGCUGGCUCACACUUUCCCCAGCAUGCAGCUCAGAAAUAAAAGCUUGGCUCUGCUUCCCCUCUGUCUCUGCAGACACAUCUGCUGCCAUGGUGAAUGAGAAGCACAAUGGCACUGUGCUUGUGCAGCUGGGGCCCAAACUGCAGGCCUACCCAAAGGAGCUGCUCCGGCAGCGGCAAGGCCAUGCCGGCCGGCCAGAAUACUUGGUCCGGUGGAGCGUCAUUAGCUCGGAAGAGAGAGCAGCGGGAGGCAGCAGUGCCUCCUCUGUAGAGACCAAGACAGAGAACAUCUCCAUGUGGAUGUCUGCAGAGGAGGUGUGUGCCAGCUGCCCGAUGCUGCUGGACCAGAGGAGGCUGAAAGGGCCGUGGCUGAAAGAGGAGAAGGUGCCGGUGCCCGUUCCGUCAGACAAAGCCUCGCUGGACGAAGCCUCACUGCUGGAGAUGAAGGCCGAUGUCAGGAGCCUGGUGCAGCGAGCCAGGCGCCAGGUGGCUGAGGCCGGGACACCCGAGUGCUCUAUCCUGAGCACAGUGCACGUGCUGGGCGCCUAUGCCAGCAUUGGCUCCCUGGCGGGUGCUUUCAGAGAGACGGGAGCCCUCAACCUGCUGACGACGAUGCUGUGCCACAAGGAGAAGCAGAUCCGCCGCAGUGCAGACCAGAUGCUGCGUGCUCUGGGUGCACACGAUGCAGAAAGCUGGGCCUACGUCCUGCUGUCCCUGAGCCAGCAGGAUGGCAUCGAGCAGCACAUGGACUUUGACAGUCGCUGCACCUUGCUGGAGCUGUUUGCUGAGAUCACGUCCUCUGCAGAGCACUGCAUGUCCUUUGAAGGGAUUCACCUCCCGCAGGUCCCCGGGAAGCAGCUGUUCAUCCUGGUGAAGCGCUACCUGUGUGUGACUUGUCUCCUGGACAAGCUGAGCAGUGGCGUGGAGCAGGGAGAGGAGCAGCAGGGCUGUGCUGUGCCCAGCCCUGUCCCUGAGGAGAGGAGCCGUGUGAAGCAGGAGUUUGAGUUCAGCAUGGCCAUGGCAAACCUCAUCUCGGAGCUGGUGCACGUGAUGGGCUGGAGCCUCAGCCACAAGGCAAAGCCGCUGCCCCAAGGGAACCUGCAGCCUCGCCCUGCCCGCUCCAUCUUCCAGCAUAAGACCCCGUCCAGCACUGGUGUCCAAAAGCCUGUGUUGCCUUCAAAUCCUGGUCCUCACAAAAAGCAGGGCUGUACCUUCCUGACUGCAUCAGACUUCGCAGACAGCAGUGACUAUGUGGAGUACUUGCGGGCAAACCUGGUUCGUGGCAUGCGGGUGCGCUUGCUGGAGGACUGUGGUGACGUCAGAGCUGGGGAGGAAGGCGAGUUUCUCCAGAGCACCAAUAACAUGCACACAGUACAGGUUUUACGGGAAUCAACAGGUCGGACCUACUGGAUGCGUUGGCACAUACUGGAGAUUGUUGGCUUUGGGGACCAGUGGGAAGAUCCUGCUGCUCAGGAAAAGGAAUAUAGUGUGAGAAAGUGCUUUAAUCUGGACACAGUUCUACAGCCAUUUCUGUGCAAGCCCUUGGGGGGGCUGUACUCCCUGCCUUACCUAGGGCAGCAGCUGCCCAAGGCUGCAGAGACACUGAGCCGUGCCGAAUGGUGGGAGCUGCUCUUCUUUGUGAGGAAGCUGGAAGCACAGGAGCAGAAAGAGAUCAGCUGUCUCAUCCAGCAGCACCAGGGAGAGCAGCUGUCGAAGGUGGAUGACGAAGGACUGAUGCAGCUGUCGGUACCUGCGGAGCUGGCCCAGAAGGUGCUGCAGGUCCUGGAGAAGCGGUGUCAGGGCAGCUCUCUGCGUGACCUGCGUGUCUCCCGUGUCUACGCCAGACACUUCCUCGGUAGGGGGGCGGAGCAGGAUGGUGGAGGCAACCCCGCAGUGUCCUCAGACGGUGACGGCUGCGGGAGCACCGGCCCUGAAGGCACGAUGGCCAAGGCAGCCGAGGGAGACCUGUGUGUAGCCCCAGGGCCUCCCCGAGCCCACGGUGUGGCAGUGAAGUCGGAUUCCCAGCUGUUCAGCGAGCUCUUGGAGAGGGAAGGGCUGUUCUUGCCAGAGAUGAUGGAGGAGCAGAGCCAGGUGCUGGGCAGCUCCAAGGGGCUGAGUGAGAGCAGCUCGUUGGCCAAGGUUGCAGCUGUGGUGGAUGUGAUCCAGAGCAGCAGCUCAGCCAUGGGGCUGCGCUUAGCUGGACUCAAGCACAUCCUGGAGAUCCUGGAGAAGGAGCCCAAGUUGGAGCAGCAAAUCGGUACAGCCCAGGGCGGGCUGGGCAUGGGGAGUGCUGGGGAGAAGCUAGUGCAGGUGGCCGUGGAGCUGCUGAGGACGGAGGUGGCAGAGAAGGCGCUGGUGGCAGUGACACUGCGGCUGCUGGCCGUGCUGCUGGCCCGGUACGAGUGGCGAGUGCCUUUUGCCACAGAGGGUGGCGUGCGGGCCGUGUUGGGCUGCAUGCAGCAGCACGGCUGCUCUGCUCUGGUGCAGCAGGCCGGGCUGGCGGCCCUGAAGGUGCUGGUGGGAGCUGCGGAUGGUGAGCUGGGAGGUGCCGGUGGGAAGUGCUUGCCCUGGAACCACGGUGAUGCGCAGGUGCUGCGGGAGAUCUUUGCCAGCAUUGGCUCUGCCUGCAGUGAGGGCUCCGCCAGCCUGCUGAGGAGCAUCCCUGCUGCCCUGAGCACCAUGCAGAAGGAGAGGCUCUGUGCCUGGGGGAGGAGAGUAGCACGGCUAUGUCUCUGCAGGGGCUCCUCAGGGGUGCAGAACGGCCUGCUGGUGGUGAACAUGCUGAUGGACGGGCACCGGGGCCUGGCGGAGCAGCUGGCGAGCUGCGAUCUCUUGGCGGUGCUGCAGAGCUGCUGGAGGGAUGGGCAGAGCAGCGGCUGCCCCCAGGCAGUGCUGGCCCUCAGCACCAUCAAUCGCCUGGCAGAGCACUGGCUGCCCCUGGGCCCGGAGGCUGCAGGCGGAGAGGUCCCGUUGGACCCGAAGGGUGUGCAGAUGCUGCUGGGUGGCCUGGACGACGGGAUCUUGUCCAAAGAGGUGGUGGUGGCCCUGGAGCGGCAGCUCUGCAGCCAAGGCCCUGUUCCCUCUGGCCAGGUGACCCAGCUGCUGCAGGACCACAGCUGCUUCCGGCUGUUGCUGCGCAGCUUGGAGCUGCUGGGGACAGAGAAGGCUGUGAGCCUGAGCAUCCUCAGGAUCCUGAACAAGUUCCUGGACAGUUAUCAGGAGGAUGUGCUGCCCUGGCAUGAGUGUGUGGAGCCCUGUGUGUCCUUCCUGAGCACCCACAGCAGCAGCUGGGAGGUGCUGCAGGAGGUUGUUGGCUUCCUGCACCGCCUGGGCAGCGCCAGCAAGGACUGUGUGGUGGUGAUGUGCCACGUGGGCACCCAGGAGGCUCUGUCCAAAGCCCUGGAAAAGCACAGCACAGUCCCAUCGCUGGCGCCGGCCCUGCUGGACCUGGUGAUGGAGUGUGAGAAGUACGCCAGCCUCUACAAGAAGCUGACGAGCAGCAUCUUGGCUGGCUGCAUCCAGCUGGUCCUGGGACAGAUUGAGGAGCACCGCCGGAGCCACCAGCCCAUCAGCAUCCCUUUCUUUGAUGUCUUCCUGCACAAUCUGUGCCAAGGUGAGUGCAGGCAGGGGGAGUUGACCCCAGGCUUGGUAGCUGGAAGCUCCAU